UUUCGAUAAGAAUCUGGUCCACGCUACUAGCUGGGUUGGUCACAUCUCCAGGGGGUCUCAUCACCAGCAGGGGCACCAGCCAUUGGAGUCUCGUUACUAAGUAUACAUUGAGAUCAGCAGGAUGUCAAUAUCGACACCGAGUUCCUGGAAUAAAGGAUUCCACAGAAAAACAAGUGAAGGGAGGAGGCUUUGAGAAUGAGGAAGAGAAAAAAUUGUUCAGUGUAAAGUCAAGCCUUGCUGAAGCAUUAUGUGCCCAUCUUAAUUUCCAUCCAUUUUUAUGUUUCUAUCGUUCUUUCCCUAAUUGCUCUUUAUGUAACUAUGUCCCAAUUCAGGUUUUGCUAAUCCUUAGCAGUCUUUGGUGCUACACCAUGAAUCUAACAGAGAAGGACUUCCAACUCCCAUCCAGUAUCUCUGUGGUCACCAAUGUCACAUUAGUAGGGAGUAUUUACACCACAGCAAUGGGCAAUGCCACAAAUCAGAUCGAUCUCCUGCCAAAACCCAAACCAAAACCCAAAUCCAGAAACCACUACUUACAAGCCAUCGGCGGCCCUUAUCCCUGGUGAAACUCAUUGAUUAGGAGGGGAUAUAGGCUAUGCAUUAAGUAUCUGCAGCCCAAAGUUGUGAGUGGAAAACGCGAGGCACAGACUCCAUGCCGAAGGAGUGGGGAGGAGGAAAGCAUCCCCUCAGAGAGUGCAACUUGAUCUAGAUUCUGAUGGAGGCCAGCAGAGAGCAUCUCAUUUGUCAAAUACAGCAUGAGGGGAUUAUCCGCAGAACCACUGGCAAGAGAAAAGACAUAAUGGUGAAACAGAUCCACCACGUGCUAGAGAAAAAGCACAUUUCAGGACUGGCUAGAAAAGGACCCUCGUGUUGAUGAGCAGGGAAACCGUGGCUGAAAAAUCACAUUUGGCCUGACCCUGAAAGAAUGAACUUUGCUAGGGAGGUGAAUGGGAGCCGCUACAACUUUUUGAGAAAGGGGACAUCCUAACAAUAGCAAUAGCUUGGGAAAAUUAAAUCUCUGGGUUUGCACUUUUAAAAAUUGAGGUGUAAUUCACAGACCAUAAAUGUCCCCCUUCUAGAGUGUAUAGCUCAGCGGGUUUAGUAUAUUCACGAGGUCGUUCAACCAUCACCCAUUAUCUAAUUUCAGAAUAUUUUCAUCACCCAAGAAGAAACCCCAUACUCACUAGCAGCCACUCCCUGGGAUUCCUUCCUGUCCUAAAGAUCGAAGUCCUAGUGAAGGACAUGCAGAACCCGGAGACAGGGGUCAGAAUGCAGAGCCAGAAGGUUCUGGUCACCAGUGUCCCUCACGCCAUGACAGGAAGUGACGUUCUACAGUGGAUCGCCCAGCGGCUUUGGAUCUCUAAUCUGGAGGCACAGAACUUGGGCAACUUUAUUGUCAAGUAUGGCUACAUUUACCCCCUGCAAGAUCCCAGGAAUCUCAUUCUCAAGCCUGACAACAGCCUCUACCGAUUUCAGACGCCGUAUUUCUGGCCCACCCAGCAGUGGCCAGCUGAAGAUACAGACUAUGCCAUCUAUUUAGCCAAGCGAAAUAUGAAGAAGAAAGGGAUUUUAGAAGAAUAUGAAAAGGAAAAUUACAAUUUCUUGAAUAAAAAAAUUAACUACAAAUGGGACUUUGUCAUUAUGCAGGCCAAAGAGCAAUACAGGACUGGAAAGGAAAGGACUAAAGCAGACAGGUAUGCACUGGAUUGCCAGGAGAAGGCGUAUUGGCUGGUCCACCGAUGCCCCCCGGGAAUGAACAAUGUGCUGGACUAUGGCCUGGACCGAGUGACCAAUCCGAAUGAAGUCCAGGUAAACCAGAAACAAACAAUCACUGCUGUCAGAAAAGAGAUCAUGUAUUACCAACAGGCCUUAAUGAGGUCCACUGUGAAGUCUUCAGUGUCCCUCGGAGGGAUCGUCAAAUACAGUGAGCAGUUUUUGUCCAAUGACGCCAUCAUGUCAGGCUGCCUCCCUAGCAAUCCUUGGAUAACAGAUGACACCCAGUUCUGGGACUUAAAUGCCAAAUUGGUAGAAAUCCCAACCAAGAUGCGAGUGGAACGAUGGGCCUUCAACUUCAGUGAAUUGAUCCGAGACCCCAAGGGCCGACAGAGCUUCCAGUACUUUCUCAAGAAAGAAUUCAGUGGGGAGAAUCUGGGAUUCUGGGAAGCCUGUGAAGAUCUGAAGUACGGAGAUCAGUCCAAGGUCAAGGAGAAAGCAGAGGAGAUUUACAAGCUCUUCUUGGCCCCAGGGGCGAGACGGUGGAUAAACAUAGAUGGCAAAACCAUGGACAUCACUGUCAAGGGGCUGCGGCAUCCCCACCGUUACGUGCUGGAUGCAGCGCAAACGCACAUCUACAUGCUCAUGAAGAAGGAUUCUUAUGCUCGCUACUUAAAAUCUCCAAUCUAUAAGGAAAUGCUGGCCAAAGCUAUUGAACCUCAGGGAACUACCAAGAGAAGCUCCAGCCUCCCGUUUAUGCGGCGCCACCUACGCUCCAGCCCGAGCCCCGUCAUCCUGAGGCAGCUGGAAGAAGAAGCCAAGGCUCGAGAAGCUGCCAGCACAGUGGACAUCACCCAGCCGGGCCAGCACACUGCUCCCAGCCCUCACCUGGCCGUGUACACCGGGACCUGCGUGCCCCCCUCUCCUUCCAGCCCCUUCUCCCCGUCCUGCCGCUCCCCCAGGAGGCCCUUCCCCUCACCGGGCCGCUUCAUCCGGAGGCCCAGCAGCGCCAUCUGCCCCUCGCCCAUUAGGGUGGCCUCGGAGAGCUCUGAGCAGAAGGGGGAGGCCAGCGGAUCCAGUGCCUGCCCGGGGCCCUCCGACACUGACAGGAGCGAGGUCUCGGCCGCCGAGCACCCCUGGCCCCGGCCCCAGCCCAAGGCCCUGCCCAAGGCCCGCAUGGCUCUGUCCUUCAGCAGGUUUCUGAGACGGGGCUGUUUAGCUUCCCCCGUCUUUGCCAGGCUCUCGCCCAAGUGCCCCCCUGUGUCCCACGGGAAGGUGCAGCCCCUGGGGGAUGUGGGCCAGCAGCUGCCACGACUGAAAUCCAGGAGAGUAGCGAACUUUUUCCAGAUCAAGAUGGAUGUGCCUACGCAGAGUGGGACCUGCCUGAUGGACUCAGAGGACGCCGGGACAGGAGAAUCGGGUGACCAGGCCAUAGAAAAGGAGGUCAUCUGCCCCUGGGAGAACCUGGCCGAGGCGAAAGCUAGCUGAGCCAGGGGCCCUGGACCAAGAAGACUCUCCUGGCAGACUCUGCCAGAGGGGACCAUGGGCAUGCUUGCUCUCGAACCAAAGGCCAUUACGAUCACAUCUGGGGGCCAGAGAGACAAGAUGGGAUGGAUUAUGGGGAGGUGUGCGCUGGCUGGGGUCCCGAUGGCCAAUUCCUACCCCUUCCUCCUGACCUUCCCUCCCUUGGGCAGAAGAAAGGCAUGUGGACCAGAUGACUUUACUUGCUGCCUUAAAACCGAUAAAAGGUUAACUUGUA